AUGAUCAACUCUCUUACUCACACAUCCUGGCGCCUUUCGCUGCAGGUCCUCUACUACACUCCACGUAACCGUGCAGCAAACUGGAAAAGCUACAUAUCGGACCACACUAGACAAUCGCGACCCUCACGAUUACUCUUGUCGGUCCAAUCUCCGAUUGCUCAAAUUAUCACCCUUCCCCUUUGGACCACCUGCAUCACUGCGUUGGCAGGCAAUCCUGCAUUUCCUCUCCCGAUCCUCGUCGCCGAUUUUCCCUUCUUGCGCAGCCUUCCUCUAGUCUCCGGCCGGCGAGUGACGCCAAUCGACGCGAAGCCGAAAUUCCCUGCUCAAUUCCAACAAUAA